GUUACAUGUUGAAAGGACACAGGAUCUUAUUCCUGUGACUUAGUGUCUAUUGUAUUUGCUUUUAGUACCUAUAUAAUGUUUGAAUACCUAACCCUCUUAUGUCGUUCAUCUUGCAGAUAACUUUUUAGCUUAUACAUUUCUAUCUCUUACUCGGCUCGGCUUCUGCGUUUCCCGCUACUUCAGAAUCCCAUAUUAAUCAGCAAUGCACGAAAUACUAUCUCUUAUUAGACCCCGGCUCACAAAGGCUACCCAUGACGUAAAGCCAACACCGAGAGACGGAUUCCAAGUCUUCCAUUUUUUUCCUCAACUUCCCAUCGAACUCCGGCUAAUGAUAUGGGAAUAUAAUUUACUACCACGCUGUAUAGAAAUUCAAGAUACACAGCGUGUUAAACCCCAGCUGAAACUACGUAAACAAGAAGUUCACUAUACGUACGUGUGCAAAACCCCUGCCAAUCUGCACGUAUGUAGAGAAUCGCGACAAGAGGCACUGAAACGAUAUAGUCUACGUUUUGGUAUUGGAGGCCUUGUUGAUCCCAUAAGAGAUAUGCUCUAUUUUGGACCAGGUAUGGCAUUUGGAUGCCCGAAAGAUUGGUUCAGUAUUUUCAUGUCUCAACUUCGCCCGAAAGAUAUGGCUUAUAUCCGCCAUAUCGCUAUCAGCAAUUCGAUGCUCGGGUGGCACUUCUCGUAUUAUGGGCCAACCUUCCAAUUGGCGCUUCUGGAACUAUUAUAUAUUAUCAAUCAUCACUUGGUAAACCUGGAACAACUCACCAUCGUCUGCCACGGCAUGCACUAUGACCACAUUUAUGCCGGAUGUCGUCUCUACGAAUCUAUCCAUAUCAAAUUGGCUGUGAAAGCGGAAUUGCCCCUGGAAACCCCUCCGGAUAGUCGUUUCCAACCGCCGAUUGAAAAGGAGAUAUCUGACCAAGCAUACGAAGAUAUCUUGGCGUGUACGAGUCUCUGCGAUGAACACAACCAGCAAGUAACAUCAAUACAGCCAAAACAUGUUGAUGUAUGAGCAUCAUUAUUCAAGACUAUUGUAAUGGUAAUGAAUUAGAGCUGGAUGCAAAUUGGACUAUAUAUUCUAAUAGCUAGAAAGAGUAUUAAUCAAAUGCUAAUUUCCUUUUCUCAGAAAGCAAGAAUAUUUUAAUCUAGUUAGAUGGAAUUGACCCUAUUUCAACGAGGUCUUGAGAAUGGGCGGCGUGAAAAUAAUGUUUACGUGCUUGCAACUGGAUAGAAUAUUCUCUUUAACUAGAACUAGUAAAAUUAAGUAUGCUUAUUUCGUUGAAAUAUACUAGAGGCUGAGGAAAAUAUUGAAGUUACU